AUGUUGUUCAUAGUUUCAGAACAUUGCAACGUACUCGCAUUCGCGGAGCUGAAAGAACCGAAGUUCAUCACUGAAAAAAUUAUUCCUAUUGAUGAACCCACCUUCGAAUUCUCCGAAACAGUUCAGGACGACAUAUGUGCAUCCCGUGAACUGCCAACCGUCACACUGACUAUAAGUAACGUGGAUGGCUCAACAGCACAGCGAGUCGUAUGGACAUCAUUUCCUACCUAUUCGGAAAGAUGUAAUGUCGAGUAUAAACUGACAUACCAUAAAAGAGAUAAGCCUACGGAGACUGUCCGUCAUACUUUCCAAGGAGAUGGUGAAUUUCAAACGGGAAAUCUUCUUGCAGACACCGAAUAUAGUUAUGAGCUCAAAUUAUCCAAACGGGGCCUUGCCAACUCCCUCACCCGGCGAACGGUUCAAACUCUUCGCACGCACAAAAUUGGUAAGGUAUUCGAGAUAACGCGAUACAUGUAUAUAUGUAAUGCACUACUCAUGAGGUUGCUCAGAAAAAUUUUCAACAACUUUAUGAGUAGUGCAUUACGCAAACCCUUCAAACGAUUACUGGGAAUGACCAGAAAGAAAACAAUUGCAGUCGGACCUAUUGAAAGCGGGGAGAAUUACGUGAAAGUCAAAUGGGGCAAGAUUCAGCCUGGCAACGCUGUGCGUGUUACUGUAUAUGGUGCACUGGCUGCGUCCAAACAAAGUAUGGAUAGCCCAAUUCGCGUUGGAGGUUUAGAUGCAUGUAAAAACUACUACGUUUUGGUUGAACUGCUAAACGGAAAUGAGGUAGUAAAAAGCAAUCAACCAACAGAAGUAAAGACGUCAUACCCAGCGCUCAAUGCACCGGAAAAUUUUAUUAUCAAAUCGCUCUCAGGUGAACUCGGUCAUAAACUAACAUGGACGCCCAUGACCACUCAGUACCCAUCAGCAUGUCGAUUAUCCUACCGAGUGGAGCGUGAAUCUCGAAAGGGUGAUAAGGUAGAGAAGCAGAGUUUUGCGCUGAGUGAAACACAGCUGGAAGUUACCGACAUAGCCCAUGAGGUCGAAUAUUUCUACAAAGUACAAGCUGUCUUCAACUUAGUACACGGCGGAAAAUUCUCAGAAACAUUGAAAAUUACUGCACUUUCGAGUAAGUUGAAUAACUUCCCCAAAUAUAGUUUGAUUGGUUCUCGCGCUUCUUCCUAUAAAGUAUGA